GUUCCUCCAGGAGCUUCUCACAAGCGUGUGAUUGCUCGCAGUAGGUUAGGAGCGGUCGCGCGCGAGCUGUUAUCAUGAGCAGUUUAUUCAAACUUGCGAACGCGAGUGUCCCGCGGAAAUCUUUUCUCAUUGGAAGCUGCGUUAUUGUGGGUGUGGCAACGUGCUUAACUCUGCGCUACUAUUGGAAACGAAGAUCUCGAAAGUAUUACAGCAGCGUGGAAGAAACGUGUGCAGAUGGAGGAAAAAGAAUCCUUGUCUUGGGACUAGACGAUGCUGGCAAAAGUAGCCUCUUGUUGCACUUGUCAAGACCAGACGCGACGUCGACACACCCGCCGCCAACAGAAGGUUUUAACGUAGUUUGCAUCAACUCUGAGAACGGUUCAUCUCUGAACUUUUGGGAAUUGGGUGGUUCUGAAACAGUGCGACCCUACUGGCCCAACUUUCUUCAUGAUACUAGUGUUCUUGUGUACAUGGUGAACUCUGCCGAUACCCAGCGGCUACGCUCUUCUGCUCACGAGUUCCGCAGAAUCUUGCAAGAUGAACGUCUACAAAAUGUGCCAAUUCUUGUGCUUGCCAAUAAACAGGAUCUGCCGGGAGCUAAAAGUGUGGAAGACAUAUCAACCAUACUUGGAUUGGAUGAACUGAAGCAACUCAACUUCAAUGUUCACAUUCUGCCUCUGCAGAUGCCAUCAGACUCAAGUUGCCAGAGCACUGUAGCUGAAGCAAAGCGCAAAAUUCUGCACUUGUCACGAGGGUGGAGCCCCAUCUUGUCACUGUGAAGCAUAGCACGUGAUUUCCAACA